AUGUCAACCACUUUCCUAUGAAUGACCAGCUGCGGAAUAAAUUGAAUAAUGUUAAUCACCAAGUAGCUGGAAUUUAUUUUGUGUCAUCAUCAGCUUAAAUUUAUAUUUUAGCGUACGGAGAAUACUAGCAUAAUUUUUCGCUAUACAAUUAUUGCCAUAUUCACCUCAAGAUUUAUACUUGCUGCUUUUCAAAGUGAACGAGCUUUUUGAAAUAAAAAUGGACAAAAUUCCCACGGUAGACUUCUCGCACUUAUCCAGUGCCACUCCACCUUCUCAAAGCGAGUGGAAGGAGGCAGCAGAAACUGUUUUCAACGCUCUGAGUGGUAUCGGAUUCGUCUACUUGACCAACCAUGGGGUCCCUGACUCUGUGAUUGAAAAUGCUUUCACCGAGAGCAAGGAUUUCUUUGAGCUGCCCACCGAAACCAAGAUGAAAAGUUUGAAAGACAUUUCAAAGAGCUUUAAUGGAUAUGCCGCCCCAGGACAGGAAUCCCUGCAUAAAGAUGUCCCUUUCGAGCUUCGUGAAAGUUAUGACAUUUGUGGAAACCUACGUUAUUUUCCGGACACGAUCCGCCCAAAAUUCGGGUCGGCGAUGAAUGCUUUGGAGGAGGCGAGCAAACCUCUGAUAAAGAGCUUAUUACGCGUUCUCGCCAUCUCCCUCAAGUUGGAGGACACGGACUUUUUUGUUGAGAGGACAAAGGCGUUGGAUGAUUUGGACAUUCCGUCAUACACGACCAUCCGAUCCCUCUACUACCCGCCCACUUGGAACAAAAACAUUUCUCCCGGAACGGUUCGUUGUGGAGAUCACUCUGACUAUGGAACACUCACGCUACUCUUCCAAGACGCUAUCGGUGGUCUGGAGGUGAAAGCUGUCAAUGGUGAAUGGGUUAGUGCUGACCCAAUCCCAAAAACGGUACUGGUAAACACGGGGGACUUAUUGGAAUUUUGGUCUGGAGGUGUUUUCCCUGCUACGCAUCACCGGGUACUAAUUCCGGAGCAAGAAUUAAGACAGAAAACUGCUCGACAAUCGAUCGUAUAUUUUGUCCAUCCUGAUGAUAAAGUGGUCAUUCAGCCACUAAGCCAGUCGUCCACAAAUCAACAAAAUUAUCAGCCCGUUACAGCCAAGGAACAUGCUGAAACGAGGUUGCGAGCUAGCUACAAUUAUUAAUUAUUAAGAACCUUGUGAAAUAAUAAUCUCUGAAACAAUCCGAUAAUAUUAGCACAAAAUAUUACAAACAUUUGAUUUGACAUCACUAUUCAUACAAAACUGCUGAUUCUUAUUGAGCAGAUUUAAUCAAAAAUUGUAUAACUUGAUUUUCAAUGAAGAAAGAAGUACAAUAUUUUAUGUUUAUCUGUUUGUAUCAA